AUGACAGGACCAUUUGUUCCAUUACUUUUGUUCAAGAGUGUUAUAAAUGAAUUAAUAGAAUCUAUGAAACUAAUAAUAAAUUCAUGUCAAGCAAACAAAGAAGGAGUAGAGCAGCUUUUUACUAAGUUAGGUGUACAACCUAAAACUGUCAUAAACGACAUUUCAGAAGAAGUUUGUGAUGGAACAAAACAAAAUGAUAUUAUACAACAAUUUACAAAAACUAUUCCAAAACUACAAUUUGAUAUUAAACCUCAAUUUUCUAGAGUCAUUUAUGAUUCAGCAGAAGUUAUAAAAAAAUCAACUUCAGUAGAUUUUAUUAAACAAACAUUUUAUCGCCAAAUAAAUAAUAUACCACAUCUUCUUAUUGUUAAUAUUAGUAAAAGGGGAGAUGUUUUUGGUUGUUAUGUAUCAAAAAGAUGUAUUAGAAAGGAUAACUGGAUAGACGACCCAGAACAUAGGAUAUUCAAAUAUGAUCCAAAAACUGAUAAAACAGAAGUUUGGCGUCUUAAAAAACAAUCAAAAAAUGGAACAAAAGCAUUUUACUUUAAAUCAGAAGGAGAAUAUUUGUAUGUUAAUAUGGGAAUUGUUAUCCAAGCAAAUCCAUUUGGAGCUCCUUAUAGUCAAAUAUACAAAUGGAUUCCAGAACAUUAUUCUCUAGAUGAUGCUUCAAAAAUAGUUGGUCAUAGUCAAUUGUUUACUGUAGUAAGAACUGUUGUCUUCCAAACGUCUUCACAAAAAAUAAUAUAA